AUGUAUAUAUAUGUAUAUAUAUUUAUAUUAAAAACGCGCGCGUACCCGCACACGCCUCGCUCUCUCACAGAGUAUAUAUAUAUUUAUAAAUUUAUAUAUUCGUAUAUUCUUGCAUUUCGAGAAGUAGUGCAUUUCUGCUUGUUUCUCUUUUGCCACUCCCCCCCUCCUUUUUUUCGCAACAGCAAGACCACAGACGGUUUCCACAAUAUGAAGUACCCUGCUUUCAGCAUCGACACCGACACGGUGUGUUUGAGCGACAGCCCCUUGGACGACUACCAGCGUCUGUACCUCGUCAGCGUGCUCGACAGAAAUUCGCCCCCCGCCAGUUUCAGCAGCGGUCUCAGCAUCAAGAAGGCCAACUACAAAUCUUCCAUUGCUGCGCAGUUUACACAUCCGAACUUCAUCGUCCGGCCUCAGAACGCCACCGAGGGUGGAGAGGACGGGCGGCCACCGCAGAACGUUCUGAACUGCUUCGAGUACCAGUUCCCUAAUCUCCAGACGAUUCAGAGCCCCCUCCACGAGCAGGAGUUAUUUGCGCAGCUUUCCAGCUCCAACGCUGCUGCCGCGGCGACCGCCUCUCACCCACCGCUGCAUCUGCACGGCAAGAACGUUCUUAUGGGUAAGAUCAUACUGGCAGCCUCCCGUGCUAACAGGACGCCUGUGUCGGCGUCGCCCAUCAAGCAGGAAAGGAAGUCGCUAUCGGCGGCUUCGCGCGAGAACGGCCCCUCUUCUUUGACGAAGAACCAGCAGUUCAAGCUGACCAAGAUGGACCAUAACCUGAUCAACGACAAGCUCAUCAACCCAAACAACUGCGUGAUCUGGUCGCACGACUCCGGCUACGUGUUCAUGACGGGGAUUUGGAGGCUGUACCAGGACGUCAUGAAGGGACUCAUCAACUUGCCGAGGAAGGACGCCGCAGCCGCUAGCCAGCAGCAGUUCCUCUGCAAGGCCGAGUUCGAAAAAAUCUUGUCCUUCUGCUUCUACAACCACAACUCGUUCCCCUCCGACGACUCUUCCAACCUCCUGCUGUCGUCGACGUCGGCGUCGCCGCCCAAGAGACGGAAGUCCACGGGCUCUGCCUUCUUGGACCCCGGUUCCUCUUCUUCCGCCACGCCCUCCGCGCAGGCAAACAACUACAUCGAUUUCCACUGGAACAACAUCAAGCCGGAACUGAGAGACUUCAUCUGCCAGUCGUACAAGGACUUCCUGAUCGACGAGCUGGGGCCCGACCAACUAGACCUGCCCAACUUGAAUCCGGCAAACUUCACCAAGAGGAUAAGAGGCGGUUACAUCAAGAUCCAAGGAACGUGGCUGCCCAUGGAGAUCUCAAGACUUCUCUGUCUGAGGUUUUGCUUCCCCAUAAGGUACUUGCUGGUGCCCAUCUUCGGUCCGGAGUUCCCAAGAGAUUGCGAAGCCUGGUACUUGGCCCAUCAAAACGUCACCGUCACCACCCCGACGACUUCUGCCAUGGCGAAACCCAAGCAGAAGCCCCGGCCCAGACCAAGACAAAGGUCCACCUCCAUGUCCCAUUCCAAAGCCCAGAAGCUUGUCAUCGAAGACGCCUUGCCCUCGUUCGACUCGUUUGUGGAGAACCUGGGUCUUUCGUCCAGCGACAAGAACUUUAUCAAAAAGAAGAACAAAAGGCAAAAGUCCUCCACGUACUCCUCUCCCUCCACUUCCCCCAUUGGGCCCAAGGACCCCACGGUGCAAAUCCUUUCCAACUUGGCCUCCUUCUACAACACGCACGGCCACAGGUACUCCUACCCGGGAAACAUCUAUAUUCCACAGCAAAAAUACCCUCUGCCUGCGUCAGGCCAGCUCUCCUCGCCGCAAGGGCAGCAGAACUACACCUAUGACCACACGCACCCAGUUCCCUCGCAAUACCAGUCUCCAAGGCAAUACAACAUCCCGUCUUCCCCCAUCGCUCCGGCGCCCCCCACCUUCCCUCAUCCUUACAGUGACGACCACUACCACUUCCUCAAAUAUGCCAACGAGGUAUACAAGCAACGCAACUACCAAGCGGCUAACAAUACAAACGCUAAUACGGACACCACUUCUUCCCCCAAGGCGAACAAUUCACUGAACAAUCUCAAAUUCAAAACAAACUCCAAACAGUAG